AGGUACAUCUGAUUGCCGGAGCUCAGCAGUUAAAGACAUAUAUGUUCCUUGCAGGAGAAGGAAGGCUGACCUUAGUACUCAUGGGACCUCCUUUGUACUUGCCAGCUGUGCUACUCUUGCUGCUUGACCUCUAUGUGGGAGAAAGAAUGGUGUCCAUUCAGAAAGGACCUCUUUACCGAGUAAGAGGCACACACAUCACUAUUUGGUGUAACAUCAGUGGCUACCAGAAGUCAAUGGAGCAGAAUUUUAUGUGGUCCGUUUAUCUGCCAUCAGCUCCACACACACAGAUGCAGAUCAUCAGCACUAGAGAUAGCACCUACUCUUAUGCUUUCUACUCCAGCCGUAUCAGUAGUGGGGAAAUCUACAUCGAAAGGAUCAAGGAAGAUUCUGUCCUCCUGCAUAUCACAGAUCUCAAGGAGAAUGAUGCUGGCACAUAUGAAUGCUACACACCCAACACAGAAGACAUUUACUUGGGGACCUAUGGCGCCAAAACAAACCUCUCAGUAAUUCCGGACACAUUCUCUGUCACCAUGAAGACACAGAUUCUCAUCCAGAAUGAAGGAGAUUCUUUAGAUCUCAUUUGCCAAGUAUCAGUGGCAACAGCACAACACACCCACAUUUCUGUUGCUUGGUAUAUUAUACCAGAAGGAGGGGACAGAGAUGCCCAGAAGAUCCUUUCCCUGUCCAAAGAUUGUGUUAUGCUUCCAGGCCCUUCCUACAUUGAGAGGUUCGCCUCAGGAGACAUCAGGCUAGUGAAAAUUGGGGACACUGAAUAUAAAUUUUCCAUUGUCAAACUUCAACAUUCAGAUCAAGGGGAAGUGUACUGUGAAGCAGUGGAGUGGAUUCAAGAUCCUGAUGGAACUUGGAAAGAUAUUGUCCAGAAACAGACAAGUAGAAUAUCACUGACCGUUAAACGCCGAGAUAAAAAAUUGAAUAUGAAUAAACCUGCUGUCAAAGAUUCGGCUCCGAAUGGAAAAGAAUGCCCCUUAAGCUGCUCGGUGGAAACCCAAAAUAUCCAUAGUUCUGUGUGGGUUGGCUCCAUCAUGAUGGGGUGGUGGUUAGUACUGAUCAUUACUUGGCCUUAUCCUUCCAAAAUUACAGUGAGGCAAGAGCUAGCAUGAGAAAUCUUCUAGGGCAGCAACAAAGCAACGACAAGCAUAUUCUUGUGAUAAGUCAGGUGGAACUGACAGACAAAGGCACAUAGAGCUGUAAGGCUUCUGAAACAGAAAAUACCAUCCAUCCGGCAUCAGUAUAAAUAUGAAGUCUUAAGGUCAAUCAAGCUAGGUUAUUUUUUUCUAUACAUAAUACAGAGUUGGGAGUGACUGAUAAAAUGUGGCUUUUGCCAUCAAGUGUAAAACUAACGUUCAUAACUGAUAGAUUGUAGCCUGCUGUUAUGUGGGGCAAAUGUAUUCAUUCAAAAUUUGCCAGAGCCGCUCACAUUCUGUAGGCAAAAUCACUCUCAGACGUUUUUAUGAAUUUAAAUGAAUUUAAGAAUUGUGAGAAUAUAUACAAUAAAUAAAUAAA